UUGCCUUGCUUGAACAUAACAAGGAAGUGUGGGGAAAACGUUGCGCGGUAGCUCCAGUCAACCAAGCAGUUUAAUUCGCGAAACAUUACCUUGACAAUUUUAAACCCAUUGUUUAUGUUUUUACUGCUAAGGGGUAACGUCUUUAAACAAACGUCGUUAAAGUGAAAUAUGCCUCGGAGAAAGAGGAAUGCUGGGAGCAGCUCCGAUGGCACUGAGGAUUCGGACUUUUCUGCUGAACAUGAACAUGCAGACAGAACCGAGUCAUUCGGGAGAACACGAAGAAACACGCGGCUCACCCGCGCCUCUCUGCGACUCAGUCAAAGUUCACAAGAAAUCGAAACUCAUCAGACCAGGCAACAUUCUUCCAGUCUUCAACUGUCCAAUUUUGAUUCCAGCCCUGUCCAGAAAAGCCCACCAACGCUAAGCCCAGCGGAGGUGGUGGCCUUCUCUGCCCGGCGAGUGACCCGUAGUCGUAGCCUGCAGCAAGGGCCCCCGGCCACCCCCAAGAAAUACCCGCUACGCCAGAGUCACUCCUCUGGGUCGGACACGGAGCAACAUGUGGAGGACCUGAAGCAAGCAGCCAACCAGGAUGAGUCUCCGCCCCGCACCCCCACCGGGAACGCCCCCUCCUCAGAGUCGGACAUCGACGUGUCCAGCCCCAACAUCUCUCUUGACGAGAGCCUCGCCAAGGAGCUGUCCCUCAAAGACUCUGUCAGUGACCUGUCCCACAGGCCCAAACGCCGCCGCUUCCAUGACAGCUACAACUUCAACAUGAAGUGUCCCACUCCAGGCUGCAACUCCCUUGGCCAUUUGACUGGGAAACACGAGAGGCACUUCUCAAUAUCUGGUUGCCCUCUGUACCACAACCUCUCUGCAGAUGAAUGCAAGACUAGGGCCUCCUCUCGGGACAAACAGGUGGAGGAGCGGACGCUGUCCCACCGGCAGGAUGAGAACAGACACGCUACCCGGCACCAGGCCCCAACGGAGAGACAGAUGAGGUACAAGGAGAAGGUGUCGGAAAUGAGGAAGAAGAGGAACUCUGGUCUGCUUAAAGAGCAGAAAGACAAGCACAUGGAGCACCGGCAGUCCCAUGGAAACAACCGAGAGCCCCUCCUGGAGAACAUCACAAGUGAUUACGACCUGGAGCUCUUUCGAAAAGCCCAGGCACGUGCUUCGGAGGAUCUUGAGAAACUAAGGCUACAGGGUCAGGUGCCAGAGGGGAGCAACAUGAUCAAGACCAUUGUGUUUGGUCGCUACGAGCUGGACACCUGGUACCACUCGCCCUACCCCGAGGAGUACGCCCGCCUGGGACGUCUCUACAUGUGUGAAUUCUGCCUCAAAUAUAUGAAGAGCCAGACCAUCCUUCGCCGGCACAUGGCCAAGUGUGUCUGGAAACACCCACCUGGGGAUGAGAUCUACCGAAAAGGAAACAUUUCUGUCUUUGAGGUGGACGGUAAAAAGAACAAGAUCUACUGCCAAAACCUGUGCCUUCUGGCCAAGCUCUUCCUGGACCAUAAGACCUUGUACUACGACGUGGAGCCCUUCCUGUUCUAUGUCAUGACUGAGGCUGACAACACCGGCUGUCAUCUGGUUGGUUACUUCUCAAAGGAGAAGAACUCGUUUCUGAACUACAAUGUCUCCUGUAUCCUCACCAUGCCACAGUACAUGAGGCAGGGCUAUGGAAAGAUGCUAAUUGACUUCAGUUACCUCCUGUCUAAGGUGGAGGAGAAGGUGGGCUCCCCGGAGCGGCCCCUCUCAGACCUUGGCCUGAUUAGCUACAGGUCCUACUGGAAGGAGGUGCUGCUGCGCUACCUGAACCAGUUCCAGGGGAAGGAGAUCUCCAUCAAGGAGAUCAGCCAGGAGACGGCCGUGAACCCUGUGGACAUCGUCAGCACCCUGCAGUCCCUCCAGAUGCUCAAGUACUGGAAAGGGAAGCACCUGGUCUUGAAAAGACAAGACUUAAUCGAUGACUGGAAAGCCAAGGAGACCAAGCGAGGCAGUAGCAAGACAAUCGACCCCACCGCCUUAAAGUGGACCCCACCUAAAGGAACAUAAUCCUCCCCAGUGCCAUGCCAGCUCAACGCUCCAACUCAAGGAUGUGGUUUCUAAGCUUGCUAUCUGAAUAGGUUACUCCAAACUUUAGAUCAGCAUGUAUCUGCAGAGUUAUUGAUAGCUAUUAUUUAGAGACCUAACCUGGCAAGUAGUACAUUGUGUCAAGGUCAAUGCUGAUGGUGGGUAGCUUGAAUCCUUAAUCUAGCUUUCUUUACACAGAACUGCUCAGUAGAACUGUUAACUUAGAGAGUUAGUACAUUUCAACAUACAGCUGUCAUUCUAUGGAAGGGCUGUGGGAGCACAUCCAUGUGUCCAUAGUGUUUCACUUUGGUUUUUGUUUACCUUUUGGUUUUAUUAUAUUUGCUCUUUUUUUAUUUGUUUUUACCUCUGUGUUAAGCUGUUUAGGCUAAUGUUCUUUCUGAAACUGUUUUUAUAUUUAAACUCCCUAAAAGUGUGAUUUAAAAGGAUUAGACUGGUGAAAACAUUGGCUGGAGGAAGUUUCCACCAUGUUACUUGGCCUAGUGCAGUCCUUCUAAUUCCAUGAAUGAGAGUGCACAAGGGACCCCUUUUCACAAAGGAGGACCUGAACAUGGAUUUAACCCCCUGGUCAAGUCAGCCUAUGAAGCCAAAUUACAUAUUUGAAGUCAAUACACUGUCAGUAUAUUUCAAAUACAGAAAAAAAAAAAAAACAUUAAUGGUACAUGUUGGGCAAGACUAUGUAUAUUCAAAGAAAGUGUACAGAUGUGCUGAAUACGGCUAGGGAACCAGUCCUGCACAUUAAUUUUAUAGUUUCCUAGAAGGGAUCAUCUCGAACAUGGAAACAGGAACAACAAACUGCAUGUAGCCAGCAGCAAAAGAGAAACCUUUAUUGUGCUUUGUGGUCAACCCGGUCUAUGUCCGCUGAUGGGUAAGGAUAAAAGGAUGGACGCUCUCCAUGCUGUCACCCAUCAGAUUCAGAUUGUCAACAAUGUUACUGGCUGCUAGUUUUAUUACUUUAGAGACUGAUUGAUGUGAUUCCUGGCUCCAUCCUUGCAGAAUCUGCUGAACUGUGUAUGUAUAACGAGAUUUAAUUCCACUGCAACAUAAGGCCCUCAUCACAAUACUGUAUAGCUACAAUGGGGCGAUAGAUAUGUAAAAAGCACAUCUUCGUAGUUACACGUGAGAGAGCCUUUACAGACCGUAUGUCUAAAGUUAACUCUUUACCAUCGUAAAGGAUUGACAAACUUUAAGAAUCUUGGUGUACAGUUUAGAUUUUUGUUUAUUAAGUUGUGUUUCUGGAGUGUUCUUUUUCAUGUGUGUUUUAAGUAUAAGCUAUUUAAUCUGUGCAUUUGUAUAUCACAGGGGAGAUGAAAUUAAAAGGCGUCUGGGGAUGAGGUCAUUCUUUAAGGCUGCCAAACAAAAUGGUAACACUCCCCUCCAUAUAUUUUAAACUGACAAGCUAGUGCGUUAAAUGCGCCGCUUUGGAAUGUUUCAUGUUAGAUAUCAGGCACCUGUAUGGACUAUGAACUUCUAUUUGCAGGACGGUUAAUCAACAUUUGUUUCUCGGUUUAACUACAACAAUAAUAAUAAUGUAUUCAGGUUAUAUAGUGCUUUUUAUUAGAAAUGAAUUCACUUGAGAGGUGAAAUGGAAAGGACAGCACUGUAUGUGUCUAUUAACUUCAUCUGAAGUAUUUUGACACAUUCACUGACAAUGGAGAUCUCAACUGAGCUUGACUUUCUUCUGUAGUCCAUGACCACAUUGACCAGUCUUAAUCUUUGUCCACGAAAUCGGUCCAUAGUGUAUUAAAGUAAUCAAAAGUU